AUGUCCCCCAAAGAGAGGCGACGUUACUGGGGCUGGUUGGUGCUGGCGAUGCUGAUCUGCCAGGAAUCCCCAAGUUUCCCACGGGUGACGGCGGCCAAGAGAGAGCCACGGAAGAAACCCAAGGAUCCGAACCAAUACACAGGGGCCCUUCCCAACACCACUCUGUCCAACAGCGAAGAAUUGAAUGGACACGCCAAGGGUAAUCGCAUUUGCAAUCCUUUCUUCCACCCAGAAGCUACUGAACGGCGGGCAUCUCCAGUUCUCCCAGCCCAUCCCAGUGAAAUACCGGUGAUAUUACCGCCUCUGGAGGAGAUCUCCUUCUACCGGCGAGUGGAGGAAGCCUUCCAUUGCAAGCUCAAGGGGCAAAUCAUCGUGGACAAGAAAACCUUGAUGGAACUCCAGAAUUUCCAGAUGCCUUUAGCCAAAGGAGCUUUUCUCCGAGGAUCCGGAUUAAACUUAACAACUGGGAGAUUUACAGCUUCGGUAUCUGGCAUUUAUCAGUUUUCAGCCAACGUCCAUGUAGACCACAGUGAGCUGAAAAGUAAACUGCAACUUCGAGCCAGAGACAAUGUCCGAGUCUUGAUCUGCAUUGAAUCCCUCUGCCACCGAUAUACAUCUUUGGAGGUGAUCGCUGGAUUGGAAAGCAACAGUAAAGUUUUUACCGUUUACGUUCACGGAUUGCUCCAGCUCCAGAUUUUACUCAUGUUGGUACCCAUGGAUGAUGUUCUGACCUAG